AUGUCAGACUCCAGCAACGGCGCGGCACCCGAGACGUGCCCCGUCGACCACAAAGCCCGCGAAGCCUGGCUCCAGCACGCCCGCGCCUCGAACCCGGACGCAGCGCAUCUUCCUCACCCGCCGCACCCGAUACCCCCGACCCAGGCGGGGUCACCACAGUCGCAGCAUGCGCAGUCUUCAUCCUGGACGCAGUCCCUGCUAUCUCUGACGCCCUUCUCCUCUUCCUCGGCCCCGCCGCCCCCAACGGGCACGAAUGCCUCCGCGACACAACCUCCCUCCGGCCCCGCCGACGCCGCCGCCGAAGUCUGUCCCGUAGACCACAAGUCCCGCGAAGCCUGGCUCGAACAAGCCCGCGCCGCCUCCGCCGCGAACGCCUCGUCAAAUCCUCACCCACCACACCCCGCUGACCUACACACAAACCCCCACCAAACACUCGCGGCCGCGCCAUCAUCAUCACAGCCCUCGCAAUCAUGGACACAGUCCCUAAAGUCCUACAUCCCCUUCACCUCCUCCGCAGCACCCAUACAAACAGACGCAUCGAAAAUCCCACCCUCCGCAACAGCCGUCAAAUCAGGCCUCGACACCGACCGCGAAGUCUCGACGAUCCCCCGGACAGCAACCUCAGCGUACCCAGGCACCAGCCGCCCCUCCAACCACGAACAGGAGACGGGCUCCGAUGAGGCGACGGGGAACUGGAUCUACCCUUCCCAAAAGAUGUUCUUUGACGCGAUGAAGCGCAAGGGCCACGAUACCCGCGCACAAGACAUGGCAACAGUGGUGCCGAUCCACAACGCCGUCAACGAGAGGGCGUGGAAGGAGAUUAAAGAAUGGGAGGCGCCUUACCUCGAAGGCACAGCCUGCGACGGCCCCAAACUCCACUCCUUCCUCGGCCUCAGCACAAACAUGUCCCCCAAGGCGCGCGUAAACACCCUGCUGGGCUACACCCCGCCCUUUGACCGCCACGACUGGGUCGUCGACCGCUGCGGCGUGCAGGUCGAGUACGUCAUUGACUUUUACGCCGGACGCCCCGACGCCCGCGGCAAGCCCAGCUUUUACUUGGACGUGAGGCCGAAGCUGAAUAGCUGGGAGGGCGUCAAGAUGAGGGCCCUGAGAGGCGUCGGGUUGGCUUGA